GUCUCUCUCCACCUUUCACUUCUCUCUCUUCUACAUACAAAGUGUAUAGAACUGAUCACAGACGUAAAAAAACAGGCGAAACAAACGAGGUGAAUUUCUUGAAAUGGCACUGAAUCUCAAUGCAGCAGCUUUUCAAUCCCAAACGCAACCUUUUCAUAAUGCUUCUUCACUCAGAUCUCAUCAUAGAGUUUUCAUGGCUUCAACACUUCAUCAUCAUCAACCUUCUGUGGAAGUUCGAAAUGUGAAGAAACCGUUCACUCCUCCACGAGAGGUGCAUGUUCAAGUAACUCAUUCCAUGCCACCAGAAAAGCGCGAAAUCUUUGAUUCUCUGCGCGAUUGGGCUGAACAGAAUAUCUUGGUGCACCUAAAGCCAGUAGAGAAAUGUUGGCAGCCUAGUGAUUUUCUUCCUGAUCCCGCCUCUGAGGGAUUCGACGAGCAGGUCAAGGAGUUAAGGGAAAGGUGUAAGGAAAUCCCUGACGACUAUUUUGUUGUAUUAGUCGGGGAUAUGAUCACAGAGGAAGCCCUUCCGACUUAUCAGACCAUGAUAAACACGUUGGAUGGUGUUCGUGAUGAAACUGGCGCGAGCCCAACUUCGUGGGCUAUUUGGACUCGGGCGUGGACAGCCGAGGAAAAUAGACACGGUGAUCUUCUCAACAAAUAUCUUUAUCUUUCUGGAAGAGUUGAUAUGAAGCAAAUUGAAAAGACAGUUCAGUACCUGAUUGGUUCAGGGAUGGAUCCUCGCACGGAAAACAACCCCUAUCUAGGUUUUAUCUACACUUCUUUUCAAGAAAGGGCUACCUUCGUUUCACAUGGAAACACAGCUCGGCUCGCCAAGGAGCAUGGCGAUAUGAAGCUAGCACAAAUAUGUGGUACAAUUGCUGCAGACGAGAAGCGCCAUGAAACUGCAUAUACCAAAAUCGUCGAGAAGCUACUUGAGGUUGAUCCAGACGGCGCCAUAUUGGCUAUUGGCGACAUGAUGAAGAAGAAAAUCUCAAUGCCAGCUCAUCUAAUGUAUGAUGGUAGGGACGACAACCUCUUCGAACAUUUCUCUGCUGUAGCUCAACGGACUGGCGUAUACACAGCCAAGGACUACGCUGAUAUUCUGGAAUUUCUGGUGGCGAGAUGGGAAGUGGAAAAGCUGACCGGUCUUUCUAGUGAAGGACGCGAAGCACAAGAUUAUGUAUGUCGAUUGGCUCCGCGAAUUAGAAAGUUGGAGGAGAGAGCACAAGCAAGGGCUAAGCAGAGGAGUCCUGUUCCUUUCAGCUGGAUUUUUGACAAAGAGAUUAAGAUAUGAUGAAUGCAUUGUGUUGGAAGGUAACAUAGAAAUGUUAAGUAAUUUGAGGGUGGGUAUGUUAUGAAGUCUGUAAUCUGUCAUCCCUUUGUUUAGGAAAUGCAAUGGAGUCUCAAGUAGAGUCUUGGUUUUUCUUUUGCUUUUUAGGCCAAAACAUACUAGUUAUCAGCAAUAAAGACAAGCCUACACUUUUCCUUUA